AUUUCUUUUUAAAAAAUGCGUUUCUAAAGUACAUAAACUUUUGGGAUUGACUGUAUAGCGAAUACAUCCUUAAUAAUGAUAGCCUGAAUUCUCGAUCCCUGACUAUACGUACUGUAUGUGUAUCUCCCCCGACCCCCUUAAACAGAUGCGAGCAAGAAUUGUGUAUGUACGGAUCGACGUGAAUACAACGUAAUCGAUUAAUACACCUAUAGUAUUACACGGUAUAUAUUCGUAUAUAAUAUACAUGUACGCGAAGAACCAAAUAUCAAGAGAAGACGUAUAAAAUGUAACACUUUACAAAUGAUUAUACAUAGGAGUAGGAUAUACCCGACCGUUUCAAACCUGUUCCCCACCAUUUGUCGAUACGCCUCUUCGUUUUACGAUACGUUUUCCCCGUGUAAUCGCGACGUUUAAACGAUAAUCAAAAUCGUAGAGAAACUGGGAACGAUUUCAAGGAGAAAAUUACAGCAAAUUCUGUUAAUCCGUGAAUACCUGGCUGCAACUUUGGAAGAUAGAUGGAUUUCAUUCGUUGUACGUUUACAAUUAGAUCGCGCGAUCCUGCGCGAAAUAAAACUUGUAGCAAUUUAAUAUAGCCUUCAAACGUUGUUUGAAUGAAAAGUGAAAACACAAAAUUCUGCGAUAUGCAUUAAACCGCAACCGGUGAACGAUGAGUUUCAACUUGAAAUCUAGCCAUCUAUCUUCCAAACACGACGGAAUACUUCUAUGUAUAAAUACUUGAUCGUAAAUGGAAUCUAUCUGAACGUACAAAUAGUAACCGAUCUUAUCGAUGUAGCACCGAUUCUACUGGUAACGAGAAAAGAACGAAGGGUUGUAAGUACAUAUACUUUAACGGCGGACGAGUUAAUAUUGUUCGUAUAUAGUUAGUCGCAUAGAUAGGUAGAGAUACAAUGUGAUAUAUACAUUCGAACAUAUAUAAAAAAAAAUGAUAACUUUGUCUAAAGAUUUUACAAUACAUAGAAGAUACGACAUCCUAUUCGCGAGAUUCGCUCCCCCGAGAGAUCCACACGAAUCUUCGUUCAAUUCUAGGUACACGCGUGUAUACCCUGAUAGAAAAUCUACACUGUUCUCGCAACGAUCAACCAAAAGGAUCGACGACGGAUGUUUUCGUUGACUCGAUCACUGUUUUUAGAAGCAAUGGCCGAGCGGCAGGGAUGAUCUCGAACAACGAGCAGAGGGAAUUAUUUUUAAAUUCAACGAGGCUGCAGAUUCCUGGAGAUUUACCUGUUUCUAGAAAUUGUAAAAACGCGUACAGCGUACAAUAACGUGCAUCGUCAUUGCUGAAAAUGUUCUCAAUUUACGUUCGCCUGUGAGAUCGACGUUAGAAAAGCUUUUAUUUCGCAUGAAAAUCUGCAGUCUUCGUAGCGAAUCACUUACAGAAUUAAGGGAGAAAUUGAGGGAAGAGGAAGUAGUGGGAUCAUGACGAGAUCACGCGGGACCAUCGCUGCAGUUAGUUCUUUCGUUGUACCUUCUGCUUACAGUUUGCGUAACGAUCUCGUACGUCUUCCAAUCAUCCCACACACGCGCCGUUGUAUCUGUCUUGUACCCGUGGGAUCUCCCGUCUUCUUAACAAGGGUUGUACGCUAAAUAAAGGAAGAUCUUACGAUACGUACCUCAUUUCAAUAUUGCCCUGCUUCUACACUUUAUACGAGACGUAGACUUUACGAAGACGAAUUUUCUGUUGAGUAAAUCCUUUGUUAUAAACAGCUGUGUUGAGUCGCGAGUAGCGAGCGCCCCAGAGCAAUUUUGUUUUAACAUAUAAUUUUAAACGAGGAGUAAGUAAUUCGUUCGUAUUGGAAAUAGUAAGUACAAAAAGUCAAACGAAAACGCUGCGCAUCACACUCUGUUGCGCAACACGGAUUGCAACUAACUUAAUUUUAAUUGUUAACGCAUAUUUGUUGAAACAUGAAUCGUAUGAUGCGUGGAAUUACUUACGUAUUCACGAACUUAUUUCACUUUAUUUUGAUUCGAACAUAGCUCCCAGUCUGUACAUGCGUUCUACGCAUGCGCGUCCCACGUCGCCAUCUUGUAACUCCAUCUUGUGAUUGUGAAAUCGCGUUCGAUCGCGUAGCCGGCUUUGGAAAUGCUGUAAAUCAGUGUCGAGUAUCCAGUGUUUUUGUCGAAAUUUAACUUGAUUCGAAGCGUCUUCGACCGUCAAUUAAAUGAUCGUGAAAUCGUUACGGGUCUGUCAAUAAAUUUUCGCGUACAAGUAAAUCACUUCGAGAGGCUGGCAGACAGGUUACGCGCACAUGCAUAUGCCGUACGCGUUGUGAAGUCAUAGUUUCGUCAUAUCUAUUUUAACAACGUUCAAACGCACAUCGUACGUAAGAAUUUGAUAUGUUCGUAAUCGUGUAGAUAACGAGAAACGUGUACUCGUUACGUUAUCGGCGGUAACGGUUGUCCAUGGUCGAAUAGAAACUGAUAGCGAGAGUUCCGGCUCGCUUAUCAAUCGCGAUAGAUGCUCUAAAUUGUCACGGUUUUUCCUGUGAUGCGAACGGAAAAGCUUUGUUCGGAUCGGCUAUUUAAUCGGAAAGUAUUUCUAAACCGUUCGUGGAACAGUGCGAGUCGCGAUGGCUACUGUCGCGGAAGCGCAACCUUUCAAGAGCCUGAAAGAACUGUACGACAAUGUGGGCAAUUUGAAACCGUGGCCGAGCGUCAAGCGGCUCAGGGAGUCGACCGAUUACGUAUACCGAGGUUCCGAGGUAAACUUGCAACAAGUGCAGUUGAACAAAAUCGACAGGCAAGAUAAUCCGAGAACAUUGGUCUGUCACGAUAUGAUAGGUGGAUACUUGGAAGACAGAUUCAUUUAUGGAUCCAAGGCCUACAAUUCUUAUUUGUUUUACCACUGGAGCGUCAUAGACACGUUCGUUUACUUCAGCCACCACUUUGUAACGAUACCACCUUUCGGAUGGAUCAACGCGGCGCACGAUCACGGUGUCAAAGUUCUUGGAACCGUGAUCACCGAAAGGGAAGGUAUUUGGGAUCCUAUACUCGAAUCUCAAGAGGAGGCAAGAAGGUUUGCAGACGCGCUAAUUCUGGUUGCGAAAUUUUAUAAGUUCGAUGGAUGGUUAUUAAACGUCGAGAACGUGAUCCAACGCGAGCAGAUUAAUAAUCUACUUUAUUUCGUGAAAUAUCUGACAGAGAAUAUUCACCAAGCGAUUAGAGACUCUGAGAUAAUAUGGUACGACAGCGUGACCAGCGAGGGUGUAUUGAACUGGCAGAAUGAACUUAACGAUAAGAACGUAGACUUCUUCCUGAACUGCGACGGUAUUUACUUGAAUUACAAUUGGACCAAAACGAAAUUACAGAACAGUCGCGCGCUCGCCAAAAGUCACAACAGAAGCGUGCACGAUGUGUACGCAGGACUAGACGUUUGGGGAAGAGGUUGUCCCGGAGGCGGUGGAUUCAAUUCGACAUACGCGUUAGAAAGAAUGCGGCGAGAGGAACUGUCGGUCGCGAUUUUCGCGCCCGGUUGGACACACGAGUAUUUCGGAGCCAAAACGUUCCACCAAUUGGAAGACAUAUUUUGGGCUCAACUCUUCCCUUAUCUGUACGUUCACGUACCCAUUUACGAGGAGGAAACGUUCAAGACAUCGUUCUGCCGCGGGAGUGGUAGCGCCUAUUACCGCUGUGGCGAGAUACAAUUGGACAUGCGCGUCGUCGAAGGGAGAAACGUGUACGAAGAGAAGCCGUUCUACAAUUUGUCGAUGCAAAAGCCGCAGAUCUCCGUGCCUAUACCACACUUGAAGUUCACCUAUCGACCGGAAAUUCCUGAACCGAAGAGCGAGGACGACAGGAACGAGUGUCCGAGGAAACCCACUCAAUAUUACGUUUACGAAACGAGGAAAAAUGUCAUUAGGAUACUCGAGAAUGUCGUCGCCCUUGAAGAUAAGAUGCCGAUGCUGGACGUGAACUACUUCGACUUCUGCAAGGACCUCUCGUUCGAGGGUGGCGGCUGUUUGAAGUUGAUCACGAACGACCUCAACACGUACCAUAGAUUAUUUCUGGUUCACGUCGAGUUCGAAAGAGACGUCGAGGCAACGAUCGUGUACAUGGAACUAGAGUCAUCCGUGGCGAACGCAACCCGGAGCGAACCGGUCCUCGUCCUGGGCAACGACGCUGGGUUGAAAUUCGUCGUCCCUUACAGAUCGGAGAGUCUCGGUUUCAAGUGGAAAAAGAGCGUUUACCUGACGAACGUGAGGACCGUGAACGAGAUCGGGGUGUCCUUCGCCAAGAGGAACGUUUGCUAUCUAGGCGAGAUCGUUUUAGAACAGAAGCGGCGACAUCAGAACGAUCACAGCGAUUCAACGGACUGUGUCAAUCGGAUCAACGACUCCGGCGUCUAUUGACCUUUGCCGAAGAGUCUCUGCGCCCGAGUCCUUUCAGAAUUCUCAACCGCCGAUCCAUUCACGAACUGACAUACCUAACAGAAGACAAAAUACUCGCAGAAGAUCAUACUUAAAACGCAUUGAACGAUCGA